AUUUGAGGAAAAAAACAGUCGCAGAAAGAUUGAAGAUUCUGUCCCAAAAGAGGAGGAUGUUGUAGAAACACCAAUCAUGGAAGAAUUUGAGGAAAAAGCAGUCACAGAAAAGCUUGAGGAAACUGUCCCAGUUGAUGAGGAAGUUGACGAAACACCAGUCAUCGAAGAAUUAGAGGGAAAAAGUCACUGAAAAGAUUGAGGAAAACCGUCCCAAUAGAGGAGGAAUCUGAAGAAAAAACUAGUCAUGGAAGAAUUUGAGGAAAAAGCAGUCACAGAAAAGAUUGAGAAAACUGUCCCAACAGAGGAGGGUAUUGUAGAAACACCAGUCAUGGAAGAAUUUGUGGAAAAAACAGUCACAGAAAAGCUUGAGGAAACUGUCCCAAAAGAGGAGGAUGUUUUGGAAACACCAAUCAUGGAAGAAUUUGAGGAAAAAGCAGUCACAGAAAAGCUUGAGGAAACUGUCCCAAUUGAUGAGGAAGUUGAAGAAACACCAGUCAUGGAAGAAUUUGAGGAAAAAGCAGUCGCAGAAAAGAUUGAAGAUUCUGUCCCAAAAGAGGAGGAUGCUGUAGAAACACCAAUCAUGGAAGAAUUUGAGGAAAAAAGCAGUCACAGAAAAGGUUGAGGAAACUGUCCCAGUUGAUGAGGAAGUUGAAGAAACACCAGUCAUCGAAGAAUUAGAGGAAAAAGUCACUGAAAAGAUUGAGGAAACCGUCCCAAUAGAGGAGGAAUCUGAAGAAAAACUAGUCAUGGAAGAAUUUGAGGAA